GUCAGCCCAAUCCAAACCUAAAAACAAAUACAUCUCCACCAGCCCUUUUAAGCUAAACCGCGUCUCUCUCUCUCUCUGUUUGCGCCGGCCCUCCGACGCCGUCCCAUUUUCACUCACUCUCAUCAUACUAUAAAAUCUGCAGUCCGUUUCCUCCUCUACGCACCAAUCACAACAUAACUAAAGCUUGCUAUGGCACAAGGAGCGGGUAUGUUUACUGUGCCACAGACUAUUGGCAGCGUCUUAUGCUGCAAGUGCGGCAUAUUGAUGCAACCAAAUGCUGCAAAUAUGUGUGCCAACUGCCUGCGCUCUGAAAUUGACAUAACUGAAGGCCUUCAGAAGCAUGUUAUUAUCAUUUUUUGCCCUGAAUGUAACUGCUUUCUGCAACCUCCGAGGACUUGGGUCAAAGCAGAACUUGAGUCGAAAGAGCUGCUGACCUUCUGUGUGAAGAGGCUGAAGAAUUUGAACACUGUUCGAAUGGUGCAUGCAGAGUUCAUUUGGACCGAACCUCAUUCCAAGAGGAUUAAAAUCAAGUUGAAGGUCCAAAAAGAGGUUCUUCAUGGAGCAAUACUUGAACAAGCUUACACUGUCGAAUAUGUUGUGCAAGAUCAGUUGUGUGAAUCUUGUGCGAAGGUUCAGGCUAAUCCAGAUCAGUGGGUUGCUGCAGUACAAUUGCGACAGCAUGUUUCUCACAGGCGCACUUUUUUCUACCUGGAGCAGCUCAUCCUUAAGCACGACGCUGCUAAAGAUGCCAUCAGAAUUAAGCAGAUGGAUCAUGGUAUUGAUUUCUUCUUCGGUAAACGUAGUCAUGGCGUGAAGUUUGUUGAGUUCGUUGGUAAAGUAGCACCAACUAGGAGCCGUACGGAUAAGCAACUUGUGUCUCAGGACUCAAAGAGCAAUACUUACAAUUACAAGUACACUUUCUCUGUUGAAAUUAGUCCUAUCUGUCGUGAAGAUCUGAUUUGUCUUCCACCUAAAGUCUCUGUUAGUUUGGGAAAUCUCGGACCACUAGUGAUAUGCACUAAAGUAAGCAACAGCAUAGCUCUAUUAGAUCCACGGACCCUCAGGCAAUGCUUCUUGGAUGCUGAGCAGUAUUGGAGAUCAUCUUUUAAGGCCUUAUUAUCAAGCAGACAGCUUACAGAAUACAUAAUACUAGAUAUGGAGGAGGUUCAUUCUGAAGAGAACAAUGGUGGAUCAAAAUAUGUUUUGGCUGAUGCCCAUGUAGCACGCGUAUCAGAUAUGGGGCAGAAUGACCGACAGUUCAUUGUGAGAACACAUUUGGGGCAUCUCUUGAGUUGUGGGGAUUAUGCUCUUGGUUAUGACCUGUACAGUGCCAAUAGUAAUGAUUUUGAACUGGACAAAUACAGAGGUGAUAUCCCUGAUGUCAUAUUGAUUAAAAAGAGCUAUGAAGAGAAGCGCCAACAGAGACAGCGCAAGUCUCGUUCAUGGAAGCUCAAGUCUCUCAACAUGGAGGUCGACGAUUCUACCAGAGCUAGAGAUCAUGAGGAGAAGAUGAACACGGAGUACGAACAGUUCUUGAGAGAUCUUGAAGAGAAUCCUGAUUUGAGAUUCAAUCUAUCCCUGUACCGCAAUAAAGAAUACGAGCCAUCAAUGGCCUCCGUGACUGAUGGUGAGGAUGUUCCUUCUGUUCCGUUAGAUGAGCUGCUUGCAGAUCUUGAUCUAGCUGAUGAGGAAGCUGAGGAUGAAAUGGUGGAAUAACUUUGGAGUCCUGUCUAAUAUAUUCUGAAGUGUGUUUGCAGGCUGGUGUUUCAGUUGUCACUCUUCUUUUAUGACUAGUUCAUCUUUUUUAUGCAUAUUGGUUGUGCCUAGUGAUAAUCUGCACCUUCCAUUCGAUUUUUUGACCUGUUUUUGCAAGUAUCUUGUGAUGAUAAUGUCAUGCUAUUUAUUUUGGAAGAGCAAA